ACACCUGUUUUCAGACAGGUUUCCUGAACACACCCACUGGUCUCUCAUUGGUCAGUCGGGCAGAUAGUCCCGCCCUACACUCAGACGAUUGGUUGAAUGUCACAGCUGUAAUAUAGUGUGUUCUGGUCUCUGUUUCUCCUGCAGUGAUAUCCAGGGCUCACGAUGCCUCCACCUGUCGGACCCCCAGCAGUGCCGCCUCCAGAUGGUGGGUGGGGCUGGGCUGUGGUGGGCGGGGCUUUCAUCUCCAUUGGAUUCUCUUACGCCUUCCCAAAGGCCACCACUGUGUUCUUCAAAGACAUUCAGAGGAUUUUCCACGCCUCGUACAGUCAGGUGGCCUGGAUCUCCUCCAUCAUGUUGGCCGUCAUGUACGCUGGAGGGCCCAUCAGCAGUAUUCUGGUGAACACAUGCGGCUGUCGUCCCGUCAUGGUGUUGGGCGGCUUCCUGUGUGCCAUCGGCAUGAUCAGCGCUUCCUUCUGCAACAGCGUCACGCAGCUGUACAUCUGCAUCGGCGUCAUCGGCGGCUUCGGUCUGGCCUUCAACCUCCAGCCGGCGCUAACGAUGAUCGGGAAGUACUUCUACAAGAAGCGUCCAAUCGCUAACGGCUUCGCCAUGGCUGGCAGUCCCGUGUUCCUCAGCACGCUAGCGCCGCUCAACCAGUAUCUGAUCAAUGAGUACGGAUGGAGGGGAAGCUUCCUGAUCCUCGGCGGGCUCCUGCUGAACUGCUGUGUGGCCGGAUUGCUCAUGAGGCCCCUGAUGGCCCCGGCAAACCCAGCCAGAGCGCUGGAGGGGAAACCGCCGGUGGUCAAGACAGAGAAGGCCACUGCCUGGCAGACGGUCAAUAAGUACCUGGAUCUGUCGCUCUUCAAGCACCGCGGCUUCCUCAUCUACCUGUCAGGAAACGUCAUCAUGUUUCUGGGCUUCUUCGCUCCCAUCGUCUUCCUGUCGCCGUAUGCCAAAGACAACGGAGUGGACGAGUAUCGAGCGGCCUUCCUGCUGUCCAUCCUGGCUUUUGUGGACAUGUUCGCUCGGCCGACAAUGGGCCUGCUGGCGAACUCACGCUGGGUCCGUCCGCGGAUCCAGUACUUCUUUAGCUUGGCCGUGCUGUAUAAUGGCGUGUGUCACCUGCUGUGUCCGCUGGUGGAGAGCUACACCGGGAUGGUGGUGUACUCCGUCUUCUUUGGCUUCGCCUUCGGGAUGGUGAGCGCCGUCCUGUUCGAGACGCUGAUGGACCUGGUGGGAGCGCAGCGGUUCUCCAGCGCCGUGGGGCUCACCACCAUCGUGGAGUGCUGUCCGGUGCUCAUCGGCCCGCCGCUGGCAGGUGAUAACACUGAUAAAAUAUCAAUAUAA